UUGAACUGGUGACCCAUACAUGACUGAAUUCUUGACACCACAUGUUUUUUUUAUUUACCUUCGAUAAUUUUCACACCCUUACAAAACGAGGUAUAAUAAAUUGUUAAUGAUCUACUUUUAGCUUCCGCAUCUGACACUUGAGCAUUCCUCCAUGCCCAUUUCCUUGCAGCAACUGGCAUUUUUUGUCUGCAUAUGAUUAUUCAACUGUGUUUAAAAUCUAAGUUCUAUGAUUAUACUGUAAAGGUGCUUUUUUUCUCUCUCCUUUUUUCUUCUUCUAAAUAAAUCUAAAGAAGAAAAACAUUAGGGGUGAUAAGAAGGAGAAAAGGAACACCUUUUUGUAUAUCUUGACACCCCCUUAAAGAUUACUCUUUUGAUCAUGUGAAAAAGUGUAAGCUGGUUAAUCUGCUGCAGUUGGGAUUUUUUCAUUUGGGUCUUGCUGAUAAAUUCUGCAAAGAAGAAGAGAAAAGAAAAAUGGCGGUGGUUCCACAAGAAGCCAUCAGUCAAUUUGAAGCGCUAAUGGAGGAAGUUGAUGAGCCACUUAAGAGAACUUUCCAGAAUGUCCAUCAAGGUUAUCCUCAUGAAACUUUGAUACGGUUCUUGAAGGCAAGGGAAGGAAAUGUCACCAAGGCCCACAAGAUGUUAGUUGAUUGUUUGAACUGGAGGGUGGAAAACGACAUUGAUAGUAUGUUAGCAAAACCCAUUGUUCCUGAAGAUCUUUACAGAGGAAUACGUGACUCACAGCUUAUAGGGCUGUCCGGUUACACAAAUGAGGGCUUCCCUGUAUUUGCUGUUGGAGUGGGCUCGAGCUCAUUUGACCGGGCAUCCGUUCACUAUUAUGUACAGUCCCACAUCCAGAUCAAUGAAUAUAGAGAUCGUGUGAUCCUGCCAGCUGCAACAAAAAAGUAUGGGAAACCUGUUACCAAAUGCAUAAAGAUUCUUGAUAUGACAGGAUUGAAGCUCUCAGCACUAAGCCAGAUAAAGCUAAUGACUAUCAUUUCUUCUAUUGAUGAUCUAAAUUAUCCGGAGAAAGCAGUAACUUAUUACAUUGUGAAUGCCCCAUAUGUCUUUUCGGCUUGUUGGAAGGUUGUUAAGCCACUUCUGCAAGAGAGGACUAAAAGGAAAAUUAAUGUGUUGUCUGGUUGUGGGCAGGAUGAACUAUUAAAGAUAAUGGACCAUGCCUCACUUCCCCAUUUUUGCCGUAAGAGGUCAUCCGGCUCUUCCAAACAUUCAGACAGUCGAGGAGACAAUUGCUUUUCCUUGGACCAUCCUUUUCAUCAGCAACUUUAUAACUACAUUAAGCAGCAAUCCUCGGCUCGUGAACAUGUCCAGCCAUUAAAACAUGGGUCUGUGCACGUGACUUUACCCGAAGACUCCAAUGAAGAUGAUAUUGCCAGGAUUUUGGAAUCCAAGCUUGAGGAAUUCGCGAUUAUAGACAAAUGUCCAGAAUCGUCCAUCGACCCGAAAAUCAAUGGCAGCAGGUGCUAGACCACACCUUUUUUNU